UGCGUCAUAAACCCUUGGAACCGACUCCCAGAAUAGGUGGUAUCAACAGCUUCAAAUAAUUUAUUCGACAAGGAAUUUGACUAGCAGAGAAACUCAUAAUAAAAGGGGUACCAUAGGCUUUAGUUCGUCUGCAUUCAAACAACUAACGUGUGUCUGAAAUCUGAGGAAAUUCGAAUGGUGGCGUUGCGUUGGUACGACCUUCAGCUCACCUCAUCUAUACAAAUUCUGGUUUAGAAACAAGGCUGAAAGAAUUUUAAAUAAAAAAAACAUGCCUAUCUUAUGCUGUAGAUGUCAGUCGAAAGGAUAUAUCAAACGUCCAAAAACUGGUGAUAUUAUGUGUAAAGAUUGCUUUUCAUUUUGUUUUGAAGAGGAAAUACAUUGGACGAUCGUAAAUGCCAAGCUUAUUAACCGUGGUGAUAAAAUAGCUAUUGGCGCUUCUGGUGGUAAAGACUCAACAGUAUUAGCUCAUGUACUCAAUCUAUUGAACAAAAGGUAUGACUAUGGAGCAGAAUUACUCCUUCUAUCUAUUGAUGAAGGAAUAAGUGGUUAUAGGGAUGAUUCUUUAAGGACUGUACAACGAAAUCAGAUUCAAUAUGCACUUCCCUUAAAAAUUCUUUCCUAUCAAGAUUUGUAUGGUUGGUCAAUGGAUAAUAUUGUGAAACAUAUUGGAAACAAACGAAAUUGUACAUUUUGUGGGAUAUUUCGUCGGCAAGCUUUAGAUAAAGGUGCACUACUUCUUGGUGCCAACAAAAUAUGUACAGGUCAUAAUGCUGAUGAUAUUGCAGAGACUGUAUUAAUGAAUAUCCUUCGAGGUGAUAUUGGCCGAUUGAAAAGAUGCACAGCUAUCAUGACAGGUACAGACGGUGUACUGCCACGUUUUAAACCAUUCAAAUAUGCCUAUGAAAAGGAGAUUGUCAUGUAUGCACAUAUGCAUAAAUUGGAUUAUUUUUCAACUGAAUGUAAAUAUGCACCACAAGCCUAUCGAGGUCAUGUGAGAGCGUAUAUUAAAGAUUUGGAGAGAAUACGACCCAGAACUAUCGUAGAUAUUAUUGCAUCUGGAGAACGUAUGGCUAUUCGAAGUGAUGUAAAAAUGCCCACAAAAAACUGGUCUUAACAUCAUUUUCUUCCUUGCAGCAAAAAAUAAGAUUGGCACCCACAUUACUUAUGGCUCACAAGUAUUCAUUUUUAUACAUUCAUACAUACAUCACUAGCAGGUACUUGUGAAAAGUGUGGAUGCAUUUCAAGUCAGUCUAUUUGUCAGGCUUGUGUUCUGCUAGAGCAGUUGAAUUCCGGUCUGCCACAGUUGUCCAUAAAAGAAACUGAUCCUCAUUCUAAUGAUGAUUAACUGGAGGAUUUUUAGUUCUUCAAAACUUUCUCAUCGAAAUGUACAUCUGAAUAUAUAUAUAUUUUGAUAUACGUCUUUGUACUAAUAUAUCAUACUUUUUCAUGGUAUAUUUAUUAUUUUCUUCAAAGAUACAUUUGUACAGUGAUCAUUAGGAGAAAAAAAUAAACUAUUCUGAGCACAAUUCUCUUUUA